UCGAUAUUGAAUUAGCAGUGCGCAUGCGCGUUUGCAUUCAGCAAAUGGUUCCGUACAGUUUUGUGUGGGUGUUGUUCUUGCGUUUUGAAUAAUAAUUUUAGAUUGAAAAAAAAAUGUCGACAUUAAUAAGCAGAAGAAUUUUUGCGCAUUUUUGUAAUAAUCAUUUGAAAAAGUCGUCAAUGCGUUCAAGAAUUGUUAGUUUUAGUUCUAUUAAAAAUGAAAAGUCUUCCAACCUAGAAGAAAAUGCAAAAAGUGGUAUGCCGGUUUCUGAACCAGGCAAAAUUUGUGCUGCAGUUUUGAAGAAAUUCUCUGAUCCGCUUAUUUUAGAAAAUAUUGAAUCUCCUAAAAUAUUGCAAGCAAAUGAAGUCCUUGUAAAUGUUGAUUAUUGUGCUUUCAAUGCAUCAGAUGCAUUAUUAGCAAAAAAUUUACACACAUUUAAACCAAGUUUACCUAUAGUGCUUGGUUAUGAAUUUGUUGGAAAAUUGAUUCAAGUUGGGGAGGAGGCAAAAAAACAAGGAUAUAAAAUUGGGGAUAAAGUUAUUGCUCUUAAUAAGGAGCGUUAUGGAGGUUUGGCUGAACAGUGUGUAGCAGAAAUUACUGAUAUCUGGAAAGUACCAUCUGAAAUAAAAUCUGUUGAUGUAGUGGGUUUACUCGAUGAUUAUAUUACAGCUUUAGUUGCAUUAGAAAAUAAAGUUAGCAUUCUAGAAGAAGAUAUCAUUUUUAUUAAUAUUGGUAUAAGUAGCACUGGUUUAGCUGCAGUUGAUCUUGCUACAAAUGUAUUUAAAGCUCAGGUAAUUAGUGUUUGUGCUACUGAAGAUGGAGCAGCUCUUGCUAGAGAAAAAGGUGUGUUUGCUUCUUUUAAAUAUAAAGAUCGUAAAUUAUUAAAACAAAUUGAAGAGAUAGCUGCAGAGAAAGAUAUUAAAAAAAUCUUUGAUGAUGCAGAUGGUGAAUAUUUAAAAAAAAUAUUAAGUUGUUUUACUAAUAUUUACAAAAGUGAAAUAACAAUGGAAGAUUUGUUACGUGAUGAUAAUUUUGCUGUUGUAUUACAUCAUUUUUCUCGCGAAGGAAGGAUAGUGAUUGCUGGUACAGUAGCAACUAUAAAAAAUGAUUCUGAUGCAUCAAAGAAUGGUUUUACUGUUAGUGGAUUCAAUUUAACAGAAUAUAGGAAGGAACCUGAUAUAUAUCGACAAGCCGGAGACGAUGUUUUACAAUUUAUUGAGGAAGGUUUGAUUAAUCCAACAUCCGUAUUGACUGUUGGAUUGCCAAAAGUAAAUGAUGCAUUGGAAUUUAUUCUUAAUAAUAAAUCUCCAGGAAAAGUAAUUGUUGAUAUAAAAAAUAGCUAAUAAAUUUAAAGCGAAGAAAAUGAUAUUUUAUA